CUGUUGGGACGCUGCAGCCGGCCCCCCAGGCUUCUGGCUACCAAGUGUCAGGGAUUCAUCUUCUUCAUUGCUUCAAGCACCAUGUCGCUGCGCACCCUGCCGCUGCUCUUCUUGAACUUGGGCGGGGAAAUGCUGUACAUCCUGGAUCAACGGCUGCGGGCCCAGAACAUCCCUGGAGACAAGGCCCGCAAAGUUCUGAAUGACAUUGUUUCAACUAUGUUUAAUCGAAAGUUUAUGGAAGAAUUGUUCAAACCCCAAGAGCUGUACUCUAAGAAGGCCCUGAGGACUGUCUAUGACCGCUUGGCUCAUGCCUCCAUCAUGAGACUGAACCAGGCCAGCAUGGAUAAGCUCUAUGACCUGAUGACCAUGGCUUUCAAAUAUCAAGUACUGCUAUGUCCCCGCCCCAAGGACGUGUUGCUGAUCACUUUCAAUCACUUAGAUGCCAUCAAGGGAUUCAUCCAAGACUCCCCAACCAUCCUGCACCAAGUGGAUGAGGCUUUCCGGCAGCUGGUUGAAACAUAUGGGAAUCUGUCUGAGGGCGAAUUCCAACUGAUCAGGCAAACACUCCUCAUCUUCUUCCAAGACCUGCACAUCCGGGUAUCCAUAUUCCUAAAGGACAAGGUUCAGAAUUCCAACGGUCGCUUUGUGUUGCCAGUAUCUGGGCCUGUUCCCUGGGGGACUGAAGUUCCCGGAUUCAUCAGAAUGUUCAACAGCAAAGGUGAAGAAGUGAAGAGAGUAGAAUUCAAGCAUGGUGGGAGCUAUGUCACUGCACCAAAAGAAGGUUCUUUUGAAUUUUAUGGAGACCGAGUCCUGAAACUGGGAACAAAUAUGUACAGUGUGAAUCGCCCUGUGGAAACCCACAUUUCUGGCACAUCAAAGAACUUAGUGUCACGAAAGCAGGAAAGCAUUUCUCCAAACCCGCUUGCUAAAGAAGAGCUGAAUUUCUUGGCCAGGCUGAUGGGAGGAAUGGAGAUUAAGAAAUCCAGUGGCCCUGAGCCAGGAUUCCGUUUGAAUCUCUUUACCACUGAUGAAGAGGAAGAACAAGCAGCUCUCACCAGGCCAGAAGAAUUAUCCUAUGAAGUGAUCAACAUACAAGCUACCCAGGACCAGCAAAGGAGCAAAGAGCUGGCUCGGAUCAUGGGGGAGUUUGAGAUCACAGACCAGCCCAGGCGGAGCACCAGCAAGGGAGAUGAUUUGUUGGCCAUGAUGGAUGAGUUAUAACUGACUCCUCUGCCCCUAGGGAGAUCUGCUUGAUGAGGGCCCCUAGGGAGUCCCCCAAAGUGCAACUUGAUGCUGCUAGUUUUCUACUGAAUAAAAACCAUUACCUCACUGU